AAUAACCGAAUCUAGCCGAGAGUGUUUGAAAAAAUUAUUUCAUAAAUUCGCGCCUCAAAAGACAAACGAACUCCAGAUACAAAUGAGACGUGUUCGUGCAGUCAAGUUUUGUGCGGAGAUCGGAAGCGUUAUCGGUCAGCAAUAAGUGGAACCUUUUUUCCCCCGAAAUUAAUUGUGCUUAUAACUGUAGUUCGUAAUUGUGCAGUGGAAAAGAGUGCAGAGUGAAAGAGCCACAAAGUCAAAACAUAACAACAAUAAUUACGAAUAUCGCUGGUUGAAAAGUGCUGAAUAUGUUAUAUGUAGACCGUUAAUUGGGACGCUGAACUCUUUGAAUUCAACUGGAAACUAAUUACUCGGCAGUAAUUGUAUUUAGUUUUUUUGUUUUUCUGUCAAAUCACAAGAAUAACAAACAAGCGACAAAGAGGCAAACGCAGACGUGCGACACAUUUUAAACACAACUGUCGACAAUAUCAGAAUAUAUAUAUAUAUUCACAAUAUACUUUCAUAUUACUUGCGAGUGUCGAGCAGUCAACAGCGGCCAAAAUGGUAUCGAGCAGAGUCUUCAAUAAGUUUAUAAUCUCAGCAGUUCUGCUGCUCGCAGGAUGUUGCCUGGUCCUUUCAUACCCGUCAAGCACAGAAGAUGAUGAGCUGAUGAUGAAGGACGAUUACGACUACGGUUCCGAUGAUCAGAGCAGUCCCAGCCAACAGAACAAGCCCACAAGUGUGGCCAAGCCAGCCUCGCCACUGUCCAACAGAACUACGACCAAGACAGGACUUAUCGGCGAGGAUGUUGUCCUCAAGUGCGAUGAAUCAAUUACAAAGAGUAAUGUCAUACUGUGGUACAAGGACUCCAAACUCAUCACAAGUGGCAACAGUGUGGUGCUGCCCGAUUUCAGUCUAAAUCCGAGCAACUAUGACCUAACAAUACUGAGGGCGAGUCCCCAAAAUGCUGGUGACUACUACUGCCAGAUUAUGCCCGAAAAGGUAUUAAUACACACAAAGGUUAUACUGGGUGAUCAUUCAAUGGAUGUCAUUACGCCGGAGAGCUCCACGUCCGGUCAGAGUAGUUUUCAUGGGAUUGCGUUCAUCUGGCUCCUGUUUGUGGGUUCUGCACCAUUAGUUUUUAAUUAGUAUUAAGCUGAAAUUUAUAUAAUGUCCCCUGGGUGUGCUUAGAUAAGUACGCUAAAAUUGCAUUUCUGUCUCCCACUUCUGUCUCCAAAAACAAA